UUGAGGAGAAGGCGGGGUGAUUGUCUCAGGGCAGUCACUCAGUGAGCGCAGCCGACUUCCAGCGGCUGUUUUUGGAGUCUCUGAGCGAAGGAAACUGCUUCCAACAUAGGAGAACUCAGAAGGAGGAAUCCGUCAUGAGUUGGGGAACGGAGCUCUGGGACCAGUUUGAUAACCUGGACAAACACACUCAGUGGGGAAUAGACUUCCUGGAGCGCUACGCAAAGUUCGUUAAAGAGAGGCUGGACAUCGAGCAAAACUACGCCAAGCAGCUACGGAACUUGGUAAAAAAGUAUUGUCCGAAACGCUCAAAGGAUGAGGAGCCUAGGUUCACAUCGUGUGUGUCCUUCUACUCUAUACUCAAUGAACUCAACGACUACGCUGGUCAGAGGGAGGUGGUGGCCGAGGAGAUGACUCACAAGGUGUAUGGAGAGCUGAUGAGGUACAGCCAAGACCUGAAGGCUGAGAGGAAGCACCACCUACAGGAGGGCAGGAAAGCUCAACAGUAUUUGGAUCAAUGCUGGAAACAGAUGGACAAUAGUAAAAGAAAGUUUGAAAGAGAAUGUAAGGAAGCAGAAAAAUCUCAGUUAUCCUACGAGAAGUUAGAUAACGACAUCAACGCCACCAAAUCAGAAGUGGAGAAGGCCAAAGCCCAGUUUUACCUGCGGACGCACACGGCCGACGAGAGUAAGAAUGAAUACGCCGCUCAACUACAGAACUUCAACGGGGAACAGUGGAAACAUUUCAACAAUGCCAUACCACACAUCUUCAAGAAUUUGCAGGACAUGGAUGAACGUCGGACAGUGAAACUUGGUGAAACGUACAGGAGCUUUGCUGAGGUGGAGAGGAGAGUCAUCCCCAUCGUCUCAAAAUGUCUCGAUGGAAUGGUUUCUGCUGCCAAAGCUGUCAAUGAGCGAAAGGACUCAGCCAUUGUUGUAGAGUCAUUUAAGUCUGGCUUCGAGCCUCCUGGUGAUUUCCCCUUUGAGGACUUCAGCCAGAACCUGAGUAGAACAGGUUCAGAUGGGACCAUCAGCAACACGCCCAAAGGAGAUCGGGACAAAGAAAAAGAUGGAGGCUCAGCUCCAAGAUCUGACCCGAAACACGCUGUAAGCAGAUCCAAGAACAAGCUGUGGCUGUUUGGGAAGAAACCAAAGGCUCCAUCUCUGGAGGACUAUAGUCACCUACCGCCUGAGCAGAGGAGGAAGAGGCUGCAGCAGAGGAUUGAUGAACUUAACAAGGAGCUUCAGAAAGAGAUGGAUCAGAGAGAUGCCCUGAACAAGAUGAAGGAUGUGUAUGAGAAGAAUCCACAGAUGGGAGACCCCAGCAGCCUGCAGCCGAAAAUAUCAGAGACCAUUUGUAACAUGGAGAAGCUGCGUUCAGAAAUCCACAAAAAUGAGACUUGGUUGUCGGAGGUGGAGGGAAAGCAAAGCUCCAGGGGAGACAGAAGACACAGCGCCGACAAUCACCACCACACCCCACAGGGCAGAGAGAGCCCUGAAGGCAGUUACACAGAUGACACCAGCCAGGAGCAUCACACUCCUCGCCAGCGCCCCAGCCCAUCAAAGACAGGACCGCAGAACCCAGACCCUCACGAAUUUGACGAUGAAUUUGACGACGAUGACCCGCUCCCUGUCAUCGGUCACUGCAAAGCACUGUACUCAUUUGAUGGUCAGAACGAGGGAACACUGGUGAUAGCAGAAGAUGAGGUGUUGUAUAUUAUCGAGGAAGACAAAGGUGACGGCUGGACGAGGGCGAGGAAGCAGAGCGGAGAGGAGGGCUACGUCCCCACGUCCUACGUAGACAUCACCCUGGAGAAAAACAGCAAAGGUGCCGUCACCUACAUCUGAAGCUGCACUGUCCUCUCCCCUGUCCUCCUCCAUUCCUCUGUCCUUCCCUCCAUCUACACUUUCUCUGCCUCAGCAGCUAACACUACAGAGGAAAAAAAAGACAUCAUCAACACACUGUACCUGCAUGGAAAAAACUCCUCCUGGUGUCUUCUUUUCCACCCUGUCUCUUCACCCCUCUGUCCUUUCACCAUCAUCCUCAUCCUCCUCACAUCUGUGGGACUGUUUCGGAGGUGAGUCGUCUGAGAACUGAGACGAAACAGGAAAAGCCACACCGUUCUCUUCAGACAAAGUUUAUCUUGUAUUUUAAGCUAUUUCUGUCAACGAGUGUGUGUUUAUAUACUUUAUACAUGUGUGUGUGUGUCUGUGUGUCUGUGUGUGUGUGUGUGUGUACGUGUACGUGGUGGACGUCCCUGCUGCUUUUUGAGCCUCAGUUAAGGGCUACGUCACUUUAAAACGAUCAAAGUAUUUCAAAUUGUUCUUACUUUAAAUGUGAGAAAUAAUUCACGUUGACUUUUUAUUAUCAUAGAUUUGUCUUUUUUCAACUUAACGAUUUUAAGAUUUCCCAAACAUUAAUAGCACAUACUUUAUUGCUUGUAUAUUUCUGUGUAGUUGCUCUGCUCCUGCACUUGUUCACGAUUUUUUUCCUGUUAUCUGUGCCAUUACACUGAAAGGUAAAAUUACAAUCCCAAAAGUUUGUCUGAUUUCCGCCUCAUUGUUUCUUCAAACUCUUUAAAGAAAAUGUAAAAUCUCCUCUAAAGUUAGAUUUUUAGCACUGACCUUUGCUGAGAAAACAUUGUUACUGUCCAGACUUUCCAGAAAUCAGCUUAAGGUUUCUUCAAUCAGUGUCUGUGACUUUUAUCUCUGUUGUCUCUCAGUCCAAGUCUCACAAACUGCUGCAUCUUUAAUCUUAAAACUUUGAUUAAAAUAUUCACGUUUUCCUUUGAACCAGACUGCUGCUCAGAAGAGUCAACACUAAAUUAAAUAAUCAUAGAAUAAUAAAAAAAACAAUGUUAAAAUUAAUCUUUAUUUAUAUAUUUUUUUACUCUUUAUUGAGUAAUGCAAAAAAAACCUGUCAAGUCAACAGCUGGUGAUUUAAACCCCUCUUAAGAACCUUGUUGACCAAUCAGAAGUCAGACGACACUUUAUAUCCAGGUGAACCAAUGUGAUGACUCUUGUACACGAAAAACAACAAACUUGUAUUAUAUUGUUGUAAUUAUCGGUUAUUAUCUUCUCAGCUGUUAGCUUGAUUUGAGCGUGGCAAAGAACAAUUAAGGAUAAAAAAAUGAUAAUGAAGAGGAGAAUAUUUUUCUUUAGCUCUAAUUCUUAAUUACUGGAGCAAAAUACUAAAAAUUAGAUUUUUUUUUAUCUCUGUGAUAAUUGUAUUUUCUUUUUGUUAGAGUGUUUUCUUCUCUUCUCCGUCAGUCCUGUUCUCUCUUCUGUGUGGGUUGACCUUGUUGCUCUGUUUCUCAUCUGUCUGUUUCUUUUAUUAACUGUCCCUCUCCUCCAUGUGACUACAGGUUCCUGAGGGCUGCAGGGUGGCCGGGCGAUUUGAUUGGCUGGUGGAGGGCUCACACUGUUGCUGAUAAUUGGUGUUGCGGGUUUCGCAAGAGUGAGAGAGGUUGUGGGGGAAGGAGUGAGGAGAGGAAAAAAGGGGACAGAGAGGUGAAGUGAAGAGGGCUGGGGAACAGGUCUGCAUGUCUGCAUGUUCUCACCUCCGUGAUCGGUACUGGGUGACUGAAGAACAACUGAGGGAGGGUGUAAGUUUGGGGAACGGAUUGGAUGCAUUUCAUCUUUUGAUAGUACGCUGAACUCCUGGGUUUUGACUAUUUGACCAUAAAUUAGCUUGACCUAAAACAACAGUCGGAGCAGUAAUGACCCGGCUCUGUCCAUGUAGAGCAGCUGCACCAGAGGUGCUGAUGUCCAACUGACCACUAAUGAGCUUAGACAUACCAGAACUGAGAAUCAGAGGUUCUUAAAUAUGUAUUUGUUUAAACUCUCACAUGACAAAUCUAACCAUCUACCAACUGAGUGAUGCAUGUGGAGUAAACUAAUUCAUUUACCUACUAAUCUAGAACCAUAAAGUAUUACUAUUGCAAUUAGUCAAAGGUUUCCUGAUUUGAUCAAAUUUAGUUCCUAGUCAACCUUCAGGGAAAUAAAUGUUGGGGUUUUGUUUUGUUUUUACCACAUUUAAAUCCCAUCAUGUUCUUCUGAACGCCAAAAGAAUUAGACUAAUAGUUAGUUGGUGUUUGUGUUCAAAAUAUCAUUACAAGUACAAUCCAACAUGAAGCAGUUGUACAGACGGUCACAUACUUACAGUAUUCUUCUUUCAAACAGUUCUGACUCUGAUCGUAGUGCCUGGAUAUUAUUUGACCAGUCUGUUAUUAUUAUUUGAAGGCUGACAGUACUCACUGACCUCAAACAACAAUGGCAUGCGUUGAAAACUUGAAUCCAUCUCUUGCCAGUUGACCUUCUUCCUCGGAGUAACAGGGUUUAUCAGUACCAGGAACAGUAGCAUUUAUUUAUUUUAUUUUUUUGCAGCAUCCGUGCCACUAACAAACAACGUCUGCAUUUCUGUCUUGUCGUCAUAAUGAUGUACAUCUGUGCUCUGUUGGUGAUGUCUGUCUGCCUGCCUGAGCCACUCUGCUCCUCAUGCCUGCCCUCAACCCCUCAUGAAGUUGCAUGUUUUUAACUUGUCGUUUGUUUCCAGACAUGUAGCAGGAGUCGUGUUCCAUCAACGUCCAUAAUAUGUUUGUGUGUGAAUGCCUUAAAGUUGUGACGUUUCUUCAGACUUCCAGCAUGAGAAUGACUUGUUCAUGUUUGUCUCCUAAACAUCACUGGGUUAGUCUCUUAGCUCCUCCCCAGAAAGAUAGCAGGACUAUCAGGUAAAAACAGCACCUCUCUCCCUUCCUUUUCCUCUCUUCUUGCUUCUUUCUUACCGUUUCCCCCCUUGUCGAACCUUCGUUGGAGUUCCACCAGCAGAUGGCAGCAGAUUCUCUCCAAACGAAACCACUGCAGCUGAGCUCCACACGGACUGACACACAUUAAUAACAACAGCAGCAAACACGGAGCAGCUGUGGCGAUCGUCGUUGUUGCAGAUCAGACUCAGCCUUAAAAUUAAAACAAUAUUUUCAUGGAAUUUUUUUUUUAUCCUCCAGUUUAUAACUUCCGUUUGACAACAUGUCCCAUCAUGCACCUGUGUUGGCGACGCUGCUGCGUCUAGUAUUUGUCCCGUUAAAUUGGUUGUUUUUUGUGAAUGUGACGACACAGACAGACACACGUGUUCGUCUGGAUUUUUUUAUUUUACAUUUGUGCUGUUGAUUUCGAACCAUUGAAUGAAAUGUACAUAGUGAUACAUGUCUUAUGUUUAAGCUGAAUGUGUUGCCAUGGUGAUUGUCUUUUGGUUUUUGUCCGAAUAAUGCUUUUUAAUGAAACUAAAAGGUUUGAUGCACUUUGCCCUUCCAGCAAAUGAAUCUGAUGAAAUGAACGAGUGAAUAAUUGAUGAAUGACUUUUAAGGUUUGCGUCCUUGAGCGUAGACGACUGUGAUCUGGAUGAAUGACCUGUUUAUAGCAGCAAGGGGAAAAAAGUAGUUUUUAUCUUCGUCAGUGCUUUUUAUACUCCUUUUUUUGUAACAAGCAGUGACCAACCGCCCCCUCUUUCUUAGAUUUCCGACUUGAAACCACUCGUUAUUUUUCUACAGUCCUGUAACAUUAGUUUGCAGUUACAAUUUUCAUAUCAUGGCAUUCAAGCAGCCUAAGUUCUAAUCUGUGUUUUUGUUUGAAGAAGCUGUGAAAAUGUAUGAUACGAUGCUGUAAAGGUUACUUGAACUCUGCAUUUUCUCUACAAACCGUGGCCCAGAUCUAGUUUUUAAACUAAAAAAAAAACAACAAACCUGACAUUUCAAAAACUCAACACUUACUGCAAAUUUGAUUUUGAUUCUUUUAGUGUCUUAAAUCGAAUACCAGCUGUUUUUGGGGAAUGUAUAAAAUCACAGACUUUGUAGGGUUUUUUUUAUUGACUGUAUUAUUAUUAAUAUUGAGUCCUUCUAAACAAGUGCGAAACAAAAAUAUUCACAGAUUGUUUUCACCAUGAAAUGAUUGUCUAAAUAACAUGUCUGUGAUAUUGUAAAGAUCCCGGCCAUUGAAUAUUCCUAGUUCCUUAUUAUUUAUUGCUCCAUGAUAAGUAAGACCUAUCCUUCAUCUUUAAAGGCCGCUGAUGAUGUCUUCCAGUUGCUAGCUUUUAUUUAACGUAUGAUCACAGAGCCCAAAGAUAUUCAAAUAUUCAGCUCAGAGGUAACCCGAGAAUCUUUUGUCUGACUUUUUGCUUAAUAAGCAUUUAAUUUAUUAUUGAUAAAGUAGAAAGAUAGUUUUUCACACUAAAACCAAUAUUUUGGUUAGUAAUGUACAUGUAAAUAUGCACAAAGCCCGGUCGACAGGGCUCUCCUCUGGUGAGUACGGACAGUGUUUCAUGUCAACGUCUGAUGAAGUCACGCCCACUUAUCAAUAACUUGUCUCCUUGAUAAACUGCAUUAAAGUUGAGAAUGUAGCAGUUUAAAAUGCUAAGGAAAUGAAUGGGUAAAAUGAACUGUUUUCUUUAAGAAUUAAUGUUUUCUUUUGAAUGUCUUACAAUCCCGUUCAGAGGAAAAUAGACAGUCUGUUGACAUUUAUAAUGGGAAUGGGAGUUAUCUUCAGUUUUAUCAACUGUGGUACAGAGGUACGUUCCCAACUGUUUGCAUUCAUUUCCCCAAAUCAUAAUUUUCAGAACGAUGCCUUUGCUAAUAAUUAACCUGUUAAAAUCUGCUGUGUGAAUAUUGCAUAUUAGUGCUUCAUAUUAUGCAGUAACACAUACUAACAGAUCAGCUUCCAGAUAUUCUAAUAAACACAUAAUAGCACUUUUUUGCUUGGAAAAACCUACCACUUGACUCUUGUCGGUGAGUCCGUUGCUGUUUAUUGUCCAGGACAAAACAGAACAGAUUAUUUGGAUACGAGACAUUCCUUUUUUUCUUUACUCCAAACGUUGACGCAAAUAUUUUGACAAAUGUAAACAAAGAAACUAUGGUGUUCCUUUUUUUCCACUAACACAUUUUACAGUGGGUAUAAAUAGCAGGUACUUUGUUCAGACAGAUUAUUAACAUUUGACAAACUCAUGUACAUCUGUGUAUUUUUUACCAGUACCAAUAACCUCCGUUCAUAUUGUUUUGUGAACAUGUUUUUCUUUUACUUUCAGUGUUGUCAGACACACUUUGUGACUAAAAAUGCUUUUUCCUCUCAUUAUUCUUCAGUGACGUUCUAUUAAACCGUGCAACAACAAA